GAAACUGGGCAGAAGCCAUUUUGGGCAGCAGAUUAAUGAAACGCUGCCUUCACAGCUGUGUGUUUACUGAAGGAGUAUACCCGUGAAGAAGGCUUCAUUUUCUCCAAAUUAGAAGCAAUUGGAGCUAGGGCUCGCGAAGAAGAUUUCCCCAAUUCUCUCUACCUUCGAGCUAAAGUUCGUCAGCGAGGAGGAGGCCCAAAUGAAGCCAGCCCAAGAAGCUAAUUGGACCAGAAAGAUGAUGAUCAGAAGCUGUUGACGGUUGGAGAGCGAUUCAGAGUCAGUUAGGAGUUGCUCGAGAAGCUUCGAGUUAGUUGUAGUUCUUCCCCUUUCCCUCUUUUCUUUUUCUUUUCUGUUUUACGAUUACCCUAUAUAAAGGGUUGUAAUAGCAUUUUGUGAGGGUGACAGACGGUGUACUUAGAUUAGGUUUAUCAUUUUCAGUUAGGUUUAUUAAGCUUUUCUCAGAGAUAGAACUCCACUCUUUUCACUGGAACUUGGAACUCGGAGACAAUUACAUUGGGUGUCAGACUUUGCGAUUUUCUUUGAUUUCUGGACAGAACCUACAAACUGCAUUGAAAGAUCCAAAAGUAUCUUCAGUCUCUCCUAUUCAUUAACUCCAGAUACCACCUGAAGGUAACAGUAUAAGCUUUGACCUAUAGCAAUGAGCAGCUCUGCUGCUGGAACCUCAUCAAAACCAAGAGCAGCUUCCUCACAACCAUCAGAAACUUCAUCCAAGCGCAAAAGAGGAGUUUUCCAAAAAGAAUUGCAGCACAUGAUGUAUGGCUUUGGAGAUGAUCCUAAUCCGCUUCCUGAAAGUGUGGCUCUUAUGGAGGACAUUGUUGUGGAAUAUGUCACAGAACUGGUUCAUAAAGCCCAAGAUAUCGGAUCUCAAAGAGGGAAGCUAUCAGUUGAGGAUUUUCUCUAUUUGAUUCGCAAGGAUUUGCCGAAACUUAACCGCUGUACGGAACUACUGUCUAUGAAUGAAGAACUGAAACAAGCAAGAAAGGUUUUUGAGUCAGAUGAAGAGAAACUGAGGAAGGUUUUUGAGGUGGACGAGGCCGUGGAAGGAUGAGUAACGGAGAUUACUGAAAAAUGCACUAAUGUUUAGUUUUUCUGAUGAUGUGGAUUUUAAAUUAAUGCCUUCUAAUCCAUGUCGAAUUGAAAUAUUAUUUUAUCUUCUUGUUCAAAUUUAAUGUGACAAGAUUGGUUUAAUUAUUCGAAUGGUGUCUAUGUUGAGUUGA